AUGACGACCAUUCACCUGGCUAAGAGAGGAAACUUUCCACAAGAAGGCACCGACCGUGAGGAGCGUUACCAACCAGAUCUCCUCUUCAUGCACAAGUGGUGGCUACCUGUAGAAUUGAAAUGCAACCCUAGCCCUCAAGCAUAUCCUUAUCCUAGGGGUCCAUUCAGUGAAGUACGACGAUGUAUUCAUCGAGACACGGGUCAGCAGUUUGCGGUCAAGAUAGUGGACGUGGCCAAAUUUACAUCUAGCCCAGGACUCAGCACAGAAGAUCUGAAAAGAGAAGCAUCAAUAUGUCACAUGUUAAAGCAUCCGCACAUUGUAGAGUUAUUGGAGACGUACAGUUCAGAUGGACUCCUCUAUAUGGUCUUUGAAUAUAUGGAAGGAGCAGACCUGUGUUUUGAGAUUGUCAAAAGAGCUAAUGCAGGAUUUGUCUACAGUGAAGCAGUAUCAAGCCAUUACAUGAGACAGAUCAUGGAGGCAUUACGGUAUUGCCAUGACAACGAUAUCAUCCACCGUGACAUUAAGCCUCACUGUGUAUUACUAGCUACCAAGGAGAACUCUGCUCCAGUCAAACUAGGAGGGUUUGGUAUCGCUAUCCCACUACCAUCAUCAGGCCUCAUUGCAGGAGGUCGUAUUGGCACACCACACUUCAUGGCACCGGAGGUGGUGCGUCGUGAACCCUACGGUAAACCUGUAGAUAUCUGGGGAUGCGGUGUGAUGCUCUUCAUCUUACUCAGUGGUUCACUACCAUUCUUUGGCACCAAGGAUAGACUCUUUGAUAUGAUCACCAAAGGCAGAUAUAAUAUGAAGCCCCGUCAAUGGGAUCACAUCUCUGGCGAUGCUAAGGAGCUGAUCCGCAGCAUGCUGUCAGUUGACCCUCGACAGCGUAUCACCGUGGAGGAGGCCCUCGCACACCCUUGGCUAAGGGUAGGUCCACCUUCCCCAACGGAGAGGGAUAAGUUUGCACCCAAGGUGCACCUGUUAGAGACAGUGGAAGAGCUCAAGAAGUUCAAUGCCAGGAGAAAACUCAAGGGAGCUGUACUAGCAGCAGUAGCCAGUCACAAGUUCACAAGCUUCUACAGUGAUCCUAACACAAAACACAUCACAGACUUUGCAGAUGAAGACCCAACAUCUUCAGGUGCUGUGGCCCAAGUGUUGGAUAGUCUAGAAGAGAUCCAGUGUCUGACAGACUGUGAUGAGAAGGACCUGGACUUCCUACAUACCAUCUUUGAAGACACCCAGUUACACUCGCUGCUAGAUGUAAGUCAGUCUGAUGACAAGGAUGGUGGUGAUGAUGAUGAU